AUGAAGCUCACCAUCGCUUCUGCCAUUCUUGCAGCAGGCUCGACGCUUGCUGUUCCUACCAGACGGAGCAGCUCCCUAGCAAUCACUGAUUUCAUUGCCAUAGCGGGUCCCUCAGACCCUGGAGCAUCCAUGCAAUUCGUUGUCACCGACCCAAGAUACCCCAAUGACACACCAACAGAUUGCAAUUUGAUCUGGGAUUACGGGCAAAUGCCCAAGUCGAGUGCUCGUUGCAAUGAUGGAGAGUACUACAUUAAGUUCCCUCAGGGUGCUCCGAACUUCAAUCUCUUUACUCUGGAGCUUCAGAGAGUCAAUGGCUCUAUUCCUGAGAAGGGCCAUGCUGUACUGAACUCCAAUGCCAAUGGUAGCGCUCCUGGGACGAAAUGGAUUUGCCAGGAUAACCCACAACCCGAGGUGAAGAUCAAAUGUGCCUACAACGGUACGCUUUAUAUGCCCGUCUAA